AUGGAUUCAUCCAUGAAGGCCAAACGUCGCCGCAUCCUCGAUGAUAUCCGUCGCAUCUGCUCUGUGCAAGUAUCCCUGAGUGCUAAUGGAGAACGCAUCCAAUUCAAUCCAUGUUACUUCGAGCCUCUGUCACCGCAGAUCAUUCGUAAUCAUCCGAUUACUGACCCUGAGUGGGAUCAAGUGAGACCAUUGAACUACUAUUCUGAAGAAGAUUCGGAGGAAGACACGGAGGAGGACACGGAGGAGGACAUGGAGGAAGAUACGGAAGAUUCUGGCUCAGAGAGUUCGGAUGAUAUCGCGAGAGGGUCAAGUAUUGACAUUCGUGAUAUCGACCGAGCGGAGAUCAUAACAGAGCACCUCUAUGGCCACCUAGAUGCUUCUUCCCGAGAAGGCCUUUUACCAUUUCAUCAAACACUGUGGGACUUUUCGCCUUUUGAAAGGGGGCCAACUGACAAGGGCCGCUGGCGUAAAGAUCUGUACCUGCACAAUGAUUGCAUGGAAACAAGUUGGAGAACCAGUGGUGUCCUUGAGGACACCAGUUACGUAUUCCCACAUGCCGUGUUCUAUAUGCAUCAAGAUAUUCGGGCAGAUAACCACGGAAACCUCACCAUAUGCGAAUUGAAAGCUAUCAUGAGGGUGAUGAGAAUCCGCAUUUCGCUUAAGGAGUAUCGGCAGCAUCUGGUUCUUCCAGUCUUAAUCCUCUCAUUUAUGGGUCCACAACAUGGUAGAAUCAUCCAAGCGCACCAUGACGGAGAUAAUAUGAUUAUUCAACGUUCACAGCUGUUUGAAAUCAGAGACGAAGAGACAGCACCUGUAGAGCUCUUUCUCCGAUAUUAUCUCAGCCAGCCAGUUGGGCUAUUUACGGCCACUCUCUGUGUGAGAUAG